AUGAAAGGCAACAACGAGCUGGAGUCGAGAUUGGCUCGGUUCAGGGUCCAGUCCCAGCCAAGUUUUGCCGCGCUAGGCGCGCCAGCUGGUUGUCUUUCCGCUGGCUUGGAUCCGACCCUUGCUCGUCCCUCACUUGCCCUGUCGCAGUCGCAGCCGGCCUCCUUGUUUCAGGGCAUCCGGGCUCGCGGUCUUGCAAGCGACGCGCGAGUCGAAGCGGGCUUUUCGACCACCGCCAAGCCUAGGCCAAACCUAGGGCGGCGCGCGCGCGCGACAAAAGCGCACCUGAAAUUUCUGCUCGGCGUGUCUUCCAGGGAUGGAAUUCCAGGCUUCGGUCGUGCCGAAGAUUCUCCCACACUUCAGCACUCCGCUUUCUUGUUCUACCCGCAAAGCCUGCGUGCUCCCCCGCUGUUUCAGUCGAUAGCAAGUCGGCUUUGCCGAUGUCAAGAACUCGGAGAUGAGUGGACCCUGAGCGCGCUUGGUUUAGUCACCAGCCAAGAGUCGCUCUCCAGAUUUCAGCGUCAAUUUCCGGUCGAAGGCAAACACGCAUGCACGGACGCACCCUGCAGGCUCUCGUCGAUAGCGAUUUCCGCCAAAGUGAGCUUUCACCUCCGACUCCAAACGCUCCACCAGCAAUCCACUUCGGAAUUGACAUGCUACCGCAAAGGCAUCCUUGAAAACGGCGAGCCCAACUACAGCUUGGUGCGCCGCUUAGCUGCCGCCAUGCCGAGCUCAAGCUCCUCCAACCCGCGCCGGCAAGCAUCGCUCGAACCUUCCACAAGUGCGCAGCGGGAUCACCCAUCUGACACGCGGGAUCAAUCCAGGAGACAUUUUCGACGCCAACUCCAAGAGCAAUGCCUGCAGCCAUCCGGCCUGGCUCGCGCUUCUGCUUGCGAUUCGCGCGCGGAAGCCUGGCUCGAGCUGCUCGACAUCUCUCCGGAGCGGAUCAACAACCACAAGGACUCAGGUUCGGAAGCUGCCUCCACCGACGGCACCGUGGUAUUCCCUUUAUCUUCAAAGAGCGCUCCCAGCAUUAUCGACGAUACGCUCAACGCCUCCGUGCCCCUGGACAAGGACGGCUGGCAGCUGGCCGGCAGCGCCAUACUCAAUCACACUGUCCCAGCAGACAGCGACGCAGGCGGCAGCGACCAUCGAUCCACUGUCACCGCUGCACAAUUCAAAGCAACAAACUCCGAGUGGAAGGUCGUCGAGUCAAAGAGGACCAAGAGACGCAAAGGCGGCCAAUUCACAACUUCUCAGUCCCCCACGGCAUCGCCUGACCUCACACACUCCCCGCGCCUGAGCACUGGGCCGAGCGACACGUCAGACCCGUCAAGCCCUUUCAUUUCCCCACACCUGGCAGAUACAUCUGUCACCGCGACGCCCCCCAGCGAAACAUUGCCUCCCGCAUCACCACGGCCUUACCAGCCGCGCUUCCCGAAUUUAUCCGAGAGAGAUGUGGAGCAGGUAGCGAAGGACGUGGACCGCAGCUUCAUCGGUCCUGCCUUCAAGAAUGUUUUCAAGUCCCAAGCCGAGGGUCAAGAGGAGAGGUCGUUGCGCCGGAAGCAGCUCACACACCUCGUCCUUACCACCCUCUCCCGCCAUCCCACACUGCACUACUUUCAAGGAUACCACGACAUCCUCUCGGUAGUCCUUCUGACGCUCGCCUCGACAUCUCCACUGGCUUCGGCCGCGGGGCUGUUCGCGGACGACGAUCAGGAGGCGCUAGUUGAGCUCGUAGCCGAACGAAUCAGUCUGCACCUCAUCCGCGACAGCAUGACGCCCGACCUGCUUCCCGUCAUGGGCCAACUCAAGGUCCUCGGCAACCUGCUGCGCUUGUGCGAUCCACCACUCGCCGAGCUCGUCGACCGUGCUUCGCCGCUCCCAUUUUUUGCGCUGCCCUGGCUGCUGACCCUGCUCACGCACGAUGCACCCAACGUCGCCAUCAUGCAGCGCGUGCUUGAGUUCGUUAUCGCUCACGGGCCGGCGUCGGCAAUCUACGUAUGCGCGGCCGUAGUCAGGUCGAGAAGAGACGAGAUACUCGCCAUGGAUGCAGACGAGCUGGACGACCCAGCGAUGCUACACGCGAUUCUGAGCAGGCUUCCGCGUAUCGUAGCUGAUGGAGACGACCAGCGCUCCGACAAAAGCGGGGCGGCAGGCGUGGCGGAGGAAACGAGCAUGUAUACUGAUCCGGACGUCGAGCUGCCGAGUCUAGCGAACGAUCGGGCGCUCGCAGCAUCGGACGAAGAAAAGGAAAACGUCAAAGACAGCGGCACAUCGAUCUCGUCGCUGCUGCAAGAGGCUGUACAGCUGAUGCGCCGCUUCGAGCUCGACUCGGCUGACGUGGGUGCGCACACAAUCAUGGGGCCCAAGAGCGUGCUCUUCACGUGGUCUUCGACGUUUACGCCCCCCGGGUCUGCGCACGACAUCGAGUGGGCAGAGAUGAAUGCUGCUGCGGAAGCUGCCCUGAGCGGGCCGACUGACGCGAUCGUGCUCGACCCGCAUCCGCCUCAGCCGGAAGCACCGCCCGGGAGCGACGAGAAGCCUUCGCCGCUGCCGCCGACGCACGUUGGCGCGCACCACGCACGCACGCUCGCGCUCGUCGGCAUCAGCGGCAUCCUCGUCGCUGCGCUCUGGACCGCCUCGCAAACCGCGCCCAACGCCGCCAUGUCCAACGACCAAACCAAGCGUGUGCUCACGCUCAUCGUCUCGCUCCUCUCCAACUUCGGCCGCGUCGUCGAUGCCUAG